AUGCCCUCCCGCCGGCGGCUAGAGGUGUUGUAUGCGACGUCGAUGUCGGAGGAGCGAGGCCUAUCGCCCUCCAGUGUCUUCGGGGAGAAGCUGGCGGACUUGAUCAAGGGUCUGUUGUCUGCCAAGAUGGUCAAUUACUCUAGAUCACCAUGGGCCUCCCCGAUCGUGGUGAUCAUCAAGAAGAACGGAGUGGAUAUCAGGAUGUGCAUUGAUUAUCGGUUGGUUAACAGCCUAACUCAACUGAUGAUCUACCCAAUGCCCUUGAUCAACGACUUACUUGAAGAUCUGGAGUCGACACCUUGGUGGAUUUUGGGUAGUGAAAUGACGGGUGGUGCUCGUUUCAUCUCGGCUUUUAUCACUCUUUUUGGGACAUUUGAGUGA